CGCUACAAGUCUACCGUCUUACGACCUGCAACUUUUUUGCUUCAGAAUAGACAAACAUCCGUUUCCAUGGAUUCCCGUCUCUGAGCUUCGAUUCUCUCUCUCUCUCUCUCUCUCCCCCUCUCAUGGCCAAUCAACCAUCUUCUUAUCCAAUUCUCUGCGCCUCCUUCAAUCAGGACGCUAGGAUCAUUCUCUGAUUGUAACUACUGCGAAACGAAUUUGAUCGAAUUAUAUGUAAUCUGGAGGCGUGAUUACUGGUGAAGCAUAUGGAGAGUAGUGCUUUUAUUUUAUUUGCAAUAGGCACAAGAGAUGGUUUCCGAAUUUUUGAUUCCAAUAACGGAAGGCUCUGCUACGAACGAGCUCUUGGUGCAUUCAAUAUUGUUGAGAUGCUGUUUAGCUCUAAUCUUGUUGCCAUUGUUGGAGCUGGUGAACAGCCAUCUUUAUCCCCACGUCGUCUUUGCUUGUUUAAUACAAUGAGUGGAAAUGCCCUUAGAGAACUGAAUUUCUUAACUUCAAUACUAGCUGUUCGCAUGAAUAGGAAAAGACUUAUUGUACUACUGCAAGAUAAGACAUACAUAUACGACAUAAAUAGUCUCACAAUCUUGGACACGAUUGAUACGGUACCAAAUUUGAAAGGUCAGGUUGGUAUAUAUUCCUUUUUGUACUUGCUAUGUCUUGCAUAAUAUGUUCAUGCUAGAGAGUUUUGGCAAAGUUUCUUGCAUUUCUUUACAUUGCUGUUCUAUUCAAGAACUGUCAUUUGCUCAUUCCAGUGCUUGAACUUGGUAAAGAACUUUUAACUGUCAUUUUUAUAUUUUUAUGGUUCAU